UCACUGUGUGGGCGGGCCAUGCGUAUGGCGGAAGGACAGGUGCAACACCAAACACAGCAACAUUAUCGACGAAGAGGGAGAGGAUACCGAGGUUGCAGACAGGCCUCCAGGUACUCUUUCUGAUAGAGGAGCACAACCUUUAAUCUUUUUGCUGCCGGAGAGUCUGGAGGGCCGUCGACAUGACGCUGAACCAGAACCACUCGGAGUGCGGUGGAGUCAUCAUCAACAACAGUGAAAGUGUUUUAAUGAACUAUGAUAAUGUGGAGCUGGUUUUCUGUGAUGCGGACAGUCUGCCUGAAGCCUUCAGAAAGGGCAAGAAGGGCAGCAUCUACCUAACUCCAUACAGGGUGAUCUUUCUGGCCAAAGGCCGGGAUGCACUACAGUCCUUCAUGAUGCCCUUCUACCUGAUGAAGGGGUGUGAGGUGAAACAACCCGUACUGGGAGCUAAUUACAUCAAGGGCAUCGUGAACGCAGAGCCUGGAGGUGGCUGGGAGGGUUGUGCUACUUUCAAGCUCAUCUUUGCUGCCGGAGGAGCUAUAGAGUUUGGCCAGUACAUGCUGCAGGUUGCAGCUCAGGCAUCCAGAGGUGAGCCAGUGACUCCAGGGUUUGGUGGAUGCCCCUACAUGGCUAAUGGGGCCUACGCUUACCCUCCUCCCCCAGUUAAUGGGAUGUACCCAUCCGGACCUCCACCUGGCUACUCCUAUCCCAACCCUCCUCCUCAAGGUGGAUUCUACCCCAGCUCCCUUGAGUUUGAUGCCUCCACGGCCUACAUACCUCCACCUCCAUAUUCUGCCCCUCUGGGCCAGCAGCCACCACAUGACCCAGACCUCCCAUCCUCAGCAGCUGCGGAGGCCAAAGCAGCAGAGGCAGCAGCGAGCGCCAGCAGUGCCACACUGCCUCCUACACAUGUAUACCUGCCACAGGACAAGCCCCCUCCCUAUUCCCCACGAGAAGAUAAGAAGAACCAGUAGACCUGUUUGAUCUCACCCUCAUUCCUGUCUUUCUCUUUUAUCAUCUAUCCUACUGGUUUAUCUUCAUGCCAGUAAGUGGACAUCAGGAAGACCAAAGGUUGUUUUUUUUUAACAUUAUCCCCUUGUUUUUCUGUUUUCCUCACCCCCAUGAGAUCCUCACCUUUAUCUCCGUCCAUCCCUUUCCCACCUCAUACUAAUGCUUUGUCAUUUAUAUGUAAUGUAAUAACUUUCACUCUCCUCAGAAGCACCUUUACUUGAUAGAAAUUAAAAGUGGUAUCAGUCUGUGA